AUGGCUCCCAAGUUCAAAACCCUAUUGUCAGGAAGAAGCAGUGAUUUCUUCUCACUGGCCUCCAACAUCUUUUCCAGGGAUACAUCCGGGCAGGGAAGAUUUUGUACCAUAUUCCGCUCCUACUCGCGGGGCGCACAGGGUGUGAUCCUGGUCUAUGACAUCGCAAACCGCUGGUCCUUUGAUGGCAUCGACCGGUGGAUUAAGGAGAUAGAUGAGCAUGCCCCUGGUGUCCCUAAAAUCCUGGUGGGAAACCGCCUGCAUCUGGCCUUCAAGCGGCAAGUCCCCACGGAGCAGGCCCAGGCCUACGCAGCGCGCCUGGGUGUCACCUUCUUCGAGGUCAGCCCUCUGUGCAACUUCAACAUCACCGAGUCCUUCACGGAGCUGGCCAGGACCGUGCUGCUGCGGCACGGGAUGGACCGACUCUGGAGGCCCAGCAAGGUGCUGACCCUGCAGGACCUCUGCUGCCGGGCUGUGGUGUCCUGCACACCCGUGCACCUGGUGGACAAGCUCCCGCUGCCGAUGGCCUUGAGGAGUCACCUCAAAUCCUUCUCGAUGGCCAGUGGCCUCAAUGCCAGGAUGAUGCACGGCCGCUCCUACUCUCUCACCACCAGCUCCACCCACAAGAGGAGCAGCCUCCGAAAAGUGAAGGCCACCCGCCCCCCCCAGAGCCCGCCCAAGCGCUGCCCCCGGAACAGCUGUAAAGUCUCCUGA